AUGAGGAAGAUAUCAAAAGAGAAAUGGAAUGUUUGUCCAGAAUGCAAUAUGGAUUUAGGUGUUGCCCCCUUGCAGAAAAUCAGGUCUGAUCACCAAAUGCAAGGGAUAAAAGACAUAUUCCCAAGUAAAAGAAGAGAAUUAAUUGAGCUUGGACUAAUAGAAAAAUCCAAAAAAGACGAACCCAAAAAGUUAGCUCGUGAAGAUAUUUAUCUUAAUUAUAGUGUCAAAAUGCUCAUUGAUCUAUCGCCUCAUCCUCCUGCUCCUGUUGUUGUUGCUACAAGCUCAAGGAGAAAGGAGAAAUCAAUUUCUUCCUUAGUAAAUACUACACCACUUGUUGUUGAUGAUCAAGUUUCGAAUCAGGACAACGUUGAGAGUAUUGGUUAUGCUGUUGAGUCCUCAAAAAAUGAUGGUAUCUCAAAGAAAAAUAAAAGUAUUGAACCAUUGGAUGAGAUGAAUGACUUAUCGGAACCAUUGAACAAAUUGGUAACAAAAGGUGACACCUUAGACAAUUCCAAAGAGUCAGUUCCAAGUUCAUCAGUAGUACUCCACUAA